AAUGCAUGAAAAGAGUUGAUAAGCAUUGAGGCAAAGGGCAGAAUACUAAAAUUAGAGGUAGACAUGAGAGGAUUGAACAGAGCAAUGGAACGGCUUAGACCCCUUGUUGACUCCAACGCUUGGGAUUACUGUGUUGUAUGGAAGUUAGGCGAUGACCCUUCAAGGUUUAUUGAGUGGGUGGGUUGCUGCUGCGGUGGCUGCGGUGGCGGUGGUGGCUUCAAUGUGGAAAGGGACAGAGGAGAAGACAACCUAUUUGGGCGGGGUCCUCUUUGUAAGGAUGUCUUCUUUAAGCAUCCAGUCAGAACAAAGGCUUGUGAGGCUCUUUCUCGGUUCCCUUCUUCCAUGCCUCUGUAUUCUGGAAACAGGAUUCAUGGAGAGGUGGUGAUAUCAGCUGAGCCCAGAUGGUUAUGCCAUGCCACGGUCACUACUCAUGACUCUAAUACCCUACGUGAAGUAGCUGGAACUCAAGUCUUGAUCCCAGUAAUUGGUGGACUUGUUGAGCUUUUUGCAGCAAAGCAUAUGAAAAAAGAUGAGAAGAUGAUAGAAUCUCUUAGAGCUCAUUGCCAUGUCCCUGUCAAACAAGAAGCCGUGACUGAUCAUGGGUAUUCCAAUUCGAGCUUCAACGACCACCAUCUUGAUUCAUUGCUUGAAGAUAAUUUGCCGCAUUCCUGCCACUUGUUAAGUCUAAUUCCACAGACACAGUUUCUUCUCCCAUUAACGCAGCCCCGUAACUGUAUUAGUUUUGAAGGAUCAUCUAGCGGUUCCAAUCCUUCAAACGAAGCUCCAUCAUUUGUUUCAAAUGCGAGUCAACUGCCGCAACAUGGACAUUUGGAAUUAUCAGUUGGAAAAUCCAAUCACGACGAGAACAUUCUGAAGCAACGAGCAGGUUCUGCAGAUUGCAACAAGAAAGUUCCAAAAGUUAUGAGGAAGCCGGAAAGAGAUGACUACAAAUCUAAGAAUCUCGUCACAGAAAGGAACAGGAGGACAAGGAUUAAAACUGGCUUAUUUGCUCUGCGUGCCUUGGUCCCCAAGAUUUCCAAGAUGGAUAAAGCUGCAAUUCUUGGAGAUGCAAUUGAUUACAUCGGAGAGUUGCUAAAGGAGGUGAAAAACCUCCAGGAUGAGAUCAAGAAUGCUGAAGAAGAGGAAUGCAGAGCGAGCAACAUUGAACUAAAGACUUCAAAACUGGAGAUCUUUCAGGAAGACCACGUGUCUUCUUCUAAGAUCAACCAGGAUUCUUCUGGUUUUGUAGAAAAGAAGGGGGCGGAGGUGCAAUUAGAAGUGGACCAGAUUAACAAAAGACAGUUCCUGCUAAAGUUCCUUUGUGGACAGAGGCAAGGAGGUUUCGGGAGGUUGAUGGAAGCUAUCCAUUCUUUGGGGCUUCAAAUCCUUGAUGCCAAUAUUACAACAUUUAAUGGCAGUGUUCUGAACAUUCUCAAGGUCGAGGCGGAUAAGGACAUUCAUCCAAAGACAUUGAAGAAGUCAUUGAUCGAGCUAACAGGGAACCUAAUUCGGACAUUUGGUAGUCAAAUUUAGGAGAAUCAGGGAGUUCCUUUUUCUUUCAUAUUUUGAAGAGUUUAAAGUGGGAAAGUCGGCAGCUUCUCCAUUCAGCCAGGGCUGUUAUAUUGAUAUACUAAAAAAAACAAUGAGGUUUAAACGUUUGUUUAACAUCAAUAUUAGCUAUCUGUCGGAAACAUUAUUAUCUU